CGAAGCUCAUGCUUCUACUUCGCGAGCUGCCUUCGCCUUUUGCUGUGUUCUUUAGCUGUCGGCCGGAGUCUACAGUUCUUUCGGCUAGGACUAGAGCGCAAGAUCAGGGUCUUGUGAUCCCCUGUGAAGAUGUGGAUCAGAUUGAACAGGACACUCUCCGCACCAUCCGUUGCAUGGUGGACAAAGGAUUUCACGAUUUUAUCAAGGACUCCCCAGCGUGGAAACCAUCUGACAAAGAUCUUGAAGUCUUUGCGAGAGGUUGCCGUGGAUUGCCUAUUAUGGCUUCAAUCCGAAUACGUGAAGCGCAGUCCGAGAUUCGGUACCACGGUUCUUCUCUUAAAUCGGAGUUUGAAUAUUUCCGUAAACUUAGAGAACUACCCGAGGAUCUGAACUGGGAGUACUUGCGAAUCAUGCGACGAGCCUACAUGCGGAAUUCCUCCAGUAUUCGUCAACAUGUGGUCAAGAAUUAUCGCGAAGUAGUCGGGAUACUUGUUGCCGCAAGCUGGAGUGAUCUUGGCACAGACGACAUAUCACAACUCCUGGGAAUUGCUGAGGAUGAAGUACGCUCAACACUCAAACCCAUCAGCUCGAUAGUUCAUCUUCCCUCCGACAUUGAGCAGAGCGUCAAGUUCUACCACGCGACGGCAAAGGAGUUCAUUAUAGGAAAUCCCAUCGGCGAGAAACAAGAUGAAGUAUUCUUUAUUCAUGAUGACAAGGGGAAGGGGUAUAGCAUUGGAUUACGACUUCUUCGAAUUGUAAAUGAUGUCCUUCAGAAGAAUGAGUUUGGCAUCCCCACCGAACUUCCCUUGGGAGAUAGGAAGAAGUGGGAGCUCUUUCAGAGCAAGCAGAAACCUAGAGUUGUCGAAAAUGUGCUCAGGCGCUUGUUCUCUCACUUGGACCCUUCGCUGCUCUUUUCACCGGAAUUCAAUGAAUUGCAAAGAGAGUUUGAACAAUUCUUUUCAAAAAACCUACUCUCAUUCUUGUCAUGGCCCCGCUUGAAAGGGACACUUAAUAUAUGGUCAAAAUGGAAGUCGAGUGCACAUAAUCACAAAUCAAUAGCGCUGGUAGAGGAGACAUAUGAUCUGAUACGGAAGUUGGGUUUCUACUUCUACCCUUGGGGUCUUUAUCGAUCAGGCCUUCCAUUCACUCCAUCGUCAUCACGCCUCUAUCAACUCUAUGGCCAUCUCUCAGAUCCCGUUCGAGUCUUCAGUGUAUCUGGCGAGUUUUCCGGUGGUUUUAUUCCUUUGAGCGAGGAUGCACGGGUGGCUCAAGAGGUCAUGAAGGCAAAACAGACUGAACUGCCAAAGAAGUUGAAUGAACACGGCAGGGAAGAAACUAAUUACGAAGCCGAGUUCGCUGAACAUGAUGUUCGCAACGGAAUCGUGACCUGUGCAGCGAUCUCUCAAAAUGGUUCUCAUGUUGCCCUUGGCUUUGGAAACGGUGUCAUUGAGGUUGCUGACAUCGACCACCAGCAUAUAAUUUCUCGAUUUCAAUGCAAUCCUCCCAAGCCUCCCGUUUGGAUCGAGUUUAUCUUUGGUGGCAGUGUUCAGAUUGCCACUGAGGAUGCUGAUGGAAACAUCACUAUUCUUGGUCCUGGAACGAGUUCGGCCACGCUUGGUACUCUCCCCAGUGGUUGUUUCCCUGCUGUAACUGCAGUGUCGAACGAUGGAUCUUUCAUCAUACGAGCCCCACAAAAUUUCGGCCAGGCUUGGUACAAGAACAUGGCACUCAUACGUUUUUCCGGCGAGCCAUCCGUUCAGCUCCUUGCAUCUCCUUCCACCCCCUCUCCUACUCAGUCUACCCAAUCUCACUCUGAUCUGUCCAUUCCUCAACGUCACACAGUUCGAUUCUCUCCAAGGGGCCGAUAUGUCGGUGCUUACGACACAAACCGUGCGUUCGUCUGGUCAACAGAUUCACACAACUUGUGCAUUGCUCAAUAUCGCGUGCAAAAUUUUAAGACUUGGAUUUUCAACAUUGGUCUUGAACCCCCUUUCCUGCAUGACAUCCCUAUGCCCGUACUUCGUAACCCCACCUUGCCUUUGAUUCCAGGAGAUGGUGCAACUCAUCCACCAAGUACCGAGCCAGAUUUAGGGCACGAUGCGGAUGAAUCCUGGUUGAAGCGCCCUUUUUACGACCUCUCACCCAGCAUAAAAACUAGCGAAGACCGCGUUAUUAAAGUCUAUUCCUUCGCAAUGGGAAGGAUUCCAUUAGCUGCUACCACCCACAGCGGGCUACGCAUUUGGUUCAAUGUGAGAAAGAUCCUUGGUACGGCGAUGUGAUGCUCAAGGGUGGUGAUGGUGAGAUAGACUCGGACAGCAUAUAUUUUCCUCGGGCAAGCAAGGAUGGAACUCGAUUCCUG